AUGGGGUCGACGAAGCCAGAGAAGGAGAAGAAGGAAAAGAAGGACAAGAAGCGCAGCGAGGCUGACGGCGUGACAAAGUCUAAGAAAGACAAGAAGGACAAGAAAGAUAAGAAAGAGAAGCUUAAGACUGUCGUCAAUGCUGCCCUCGACGACCAAUCAGAAGUUGACACCUCGGCGUCUGUCACCGUCGUGAAGGAUGGCGAGGAGAAGGUUGCUAAGGUCCUGGCUCCCGUAGUGGGUGCUUUGGUACCCUUUGCGAAGCCAUUGGCGGACGAGAAAGGCACCAAGAAGAUUAUGAAGACCGUGCGGAAAGCUGCGAAGCACAAGACCCUUAAGCGUGGCGUGAAGGAAGUUGUCAAGUCGCUGCGCAAGUCUCCUGCUAGCGGACCAGGCAACACCUCAUUCCCGGGCGUCGUUAUCCUGGCCGGCGACAUCAGCCCUAUGGAUGUUAUUAGCCAUAUCCCCGUGCUGUGUGAGGACGUCAACGUGCCGUAUAUCUUCGUCACGUCGCGUGCCGAGCUAGGCGCCGCCGGCAGCACCAAGCGACCCACCAGUGUUGUCAUGGUCACCGAGAAGCGGACCGGAGGCAAGAAGGACAAGGCCGACGAGAAGAUAGCCGAGGAGGAUGUUGAGGACUUCGCCGAGGCGUACAAGGACCUGGUCAAGCUAGUCGAGAAGGAGAGCAAGCAACUCAAGCUCACGUAG